CGCCUUAGCCGCGUCACCUAAUUCGCUCCAGCCUUGGCCACCAGCACCGCUCCAAAUCCUCCUGCCAGGCAAUCCAUUCAUCACUGCGCUCCUCUCGAGUUGCAUCUACCGGCGGUCCGCAUUCUCCAGCACCUGCCACUCGACGGCUUCGUCCAUCCGCGCGACGUCACUCAUCAAGCUCCUUUGUGCGGAGCAACGGCCGAGCCCGCCCAACGCCCUCCGAGGCCAUCCCCGACAUCUACAUUUGUGAGCGCAUUCGAUAUAAUUAGCGUCUCUGAGAGAGCGCACCCCGUCUGCCCGCCAUGUCCAAGGUUAUGAGAGAGAUCAAGAACGUGACCAAGGGUUACUCCAGCACCCAGAUCAAGGUCCGCGAAGCUACAAGCAACGAUCCAUGGGGUCCCACGGGAACACAGAUGAGCGAGAUUGCUCAAAUGACCUUUAAUACUUCGACCGAAUUUUACGACAUCAUGGAUAUGCUAGACAAAAGACUCAACGACAAGGGAAAGAACUGGAGACACGUUUUGAAGGCUCUCAAGGUCCUUGAUUACUGUCUUCACGAGGGUUCCGAACUGGUUGUCACUUGGGCCCGUCAGAGCAUUUACAUCAUCAAGACUCUGCGCGAGUUCCAAUACGUUGACGAGGACGGCCGAGACGUUGGCCAGAAUGUGCGUGUGGCUGCCAAAGAAAUCACUUCCUUGAUUCUUGACGAGGAGAGACUCCGGGCAGAGCGAAGCGACCGAAAGUCCUGGAAAUCCAGAGUUACCGGCUUGGAGGAGCACGGCCCGCCAGUUGGUGAACCAUCCAAUAGACGUCAACGCGAACGCAGACCAGCGAAUGAGGAGGACGAUGCUGAGUACAAGCUCGCCUUAGAGGCAAGCAAAUACCAAGAAGAGGAAGAUCGCAAAAAGCGAGAGGGUAGACAGACCGAUGAUAACGACGACGACCUUGCCAAGGCUAUCAAACUGAGCCAAGAGGAAGAAGAGAGAAGGCGCAGGGAGCUCGAAGAGAGCAAUGCCACCUCUCUGUUCGAUUUGGAGCCAACUCAACCUACCCAGCCACAGCCCACCGGCUUCAACCAGGGCUAUCAGCAGGGCAAUCCUGUCGAUUUCUUCGCCAACCCGAUCGACCAGUCGCAGUUGCAGAUGCAGCCGACAGGCUACGUGCAGCAGAACAACUUCCAGCAGCCGAUGCAGACUGGAUUCCAGACUGGUUACCAAGGAUUCGGCAUGCAACAGACCGGCAUGGGUAUGGAUCCAUAUGCCCAGCAGCUUCAGCUUCAGCAGCAGCAGCAGCAACAGAUGCAGGCCUUUCAACCGCAGCCUACGGGAUAUAACCCAUACGCUCAACAGGCAAUGCAGCAACAGCAACAACCAUCCGAGCCAUCGCCACAAGCUGGUAGUAACAAUCCUUGGGGAUCCAACCAGCAGCAACAGCAGCAGAGCAUUAAGCCGAUGGCUACCGGUUCAAACAACCCGUUUGCACAGAACCAGUUCCAGCGUCCCCAGCAACCUACCCACACCAUGUCGUCCCUCACAUCUAUUCCUGAGCCCAAGACAUUGUCGACCUUUACGCAACCCCAGACGCAGCCAACCUUUGCUCAGCAGCAGAAUGCUUCACAGGCUCAGCAAAUGCAGAACAUGUCACGACGCGAGAUGAACGAACACGAAUCUAAGCUCAAUGCUCUGCUCGCUACUGGUGACGGCCUGGAUACCUUUGGCAACUCUGGCGAGCUCAGAAUACCAGCCCAGCACACUGCCCCCGGUACCUUCAUGAACAGCGCGGGCUCUGGUGUCCAACGUGUCACUGUAGACCAAACCGGCAGCAACCCCUUCUUGAGACAGCAGUUUACUGGCAUGCCCACUGUUACAUACGGCGGCCAGCAGCAACAAACCAACAACCCCUUUGGCGCUCAGCAGAAGCCCAACCAAGGCCAGGAUCUUAUCCAGUUUUAAACGGCGACUACAUUAGCCAAUGCCUUACACGAUCACACAGCACAAUUAGCGGUUGUCUGCGCCUCUAGUGGAGUUUGCUACUUUUUAUCAACCCUUUACCGCCUUCUUUUCUUUGUUUGUUGCGUGCCUGAAAGAUAGAACACCUUUUUUCAAUAUGUUUUUAUCAAGAUGAUUCCAAAUACCGAGACUUUGAUUAAGUAGCCCUUUCUUUUUUUUUUUCUGUGCCUACAACUGCCACCCCUAUUGGGACAGUUUUAUUUGUUUAUUUUACCACGAGACGAUAGUUGAAGACAAAAGCCCGUAUUCACAGAGUGUAAGCAUACAGAUGUGAAAUUUCCAACGUGCGGGUAUCAUGCUAAGAGAUAUCCUAUUGACAAUGCUAUUCGAGCAAAACUCCAUAUAAAAGAAACCGUUGUAAUCCAGAAACUCCAAAGACACAUCCACCCAAGUUCAAAUGUUCAGUCGCCACCAUCUUCCUAGCCCCUUUGCAUCAUGAUUUAUGGUAUAUGUACGAAUUGUAGAGGGGUGAGAGGGCGUUUAACUAGCCUCUUCCAUCAUUUGAAUAAACUCAUCCAGGUUAACACCACCCUUGCCGUCGUGGUCUAGGUGGUCAAUCAUGCUCUGGAUUUCCUCUUCGGAUAAGGAUCGGUCUUCCUUGAUGUCUUCGGCCAAAUGUCGCAGGUCGUCUACCGAGAUGAUACCGUCCUGGUCAUAAUCGAACAUGUUAAACACCUUGGCGGCCUCCUCUCUUGGGUCUCGGCCCGCAACAAGCUUGGAUGCGCACAAUCGGAAUUGGUCGAGGUAUACCUGCAGGCGGUUGACGGGGCAGUUGUGCUGAUCUUGCCAAUCGGGCGGUACGGUUCCGUAUGUCUCGAGCUCCUUGAAUGAUUCCGGCUUGGACAUGUCGAAGCCAAGCGCCACCAGCGAGUGUCGGAAUUCGUAGCUGUUGAGGUAUCCCUUCUUCUUCAUAUCCAUCAAGUCAAA